UGUUGCUCCAGCGGAAAACCCGCAACUCCGCCGCCUACGAAUUUGGUAGAUUGGUCUUCGUGAAAAUGGCCGCCGCUACCUCAAAUUAGAGGACAAUCAUCGGAGCUAUCGGCUACAAGAAAACUCACAUCUAGCUACAGAACCGCCAGUUACUUCCUAUACCAGUUCGACAGCAGUGUUUCACUGUAUACGAAAACAGAAGCGUCCAUUUUCUUGUGGCUUAAACUCAGCCCUCCUUCUCUGACAUUACUCCCAGCCUCCUCAGCUGUAGCCGGCCAGUGUGUAUUUCCUAUCUGGGUGUCAGUGGAGCUGUGUUUCCGACACUUGAGCUGUGAGGAACACAAGUCUUUCAUGAAGUCACAUGAGGAUGAGAUGCGUCACUGAUUCACUGAGGAUGGACAAGGACAGGAGUCACAAUACUGAGAGGAUAGUAACUCUCACCCUGGAGAUCAUCUACCUGCUGACUGGAGAGAUUACACAGUAGUGAAGAAGACAUCCGGUGAGUGUGAGAAACCCAGUUCUCCUACCUGUGUGUCAGGAGGAUGGAGCAGGACCCAGAGCCCCAUCACGGAGCCUCCACCUCACUCACUGAUACAUGAGAGAGACAAUGACCAGAAGAUCCUGGAAGUCACCAACAAGAUCAUUCAGCUGCUGACUGGAGAGGUUCCUAUAAGGUGUCAGGAUGUCACUGUCUAUCUCUCCAUGGAGGAGUGGGAGUAUAUAGAGGAACACAAGAGUCUGUACAAGGACGUGAUGAUGGAGAAUCACCGACAAUUAACAUCACUGGAUGGAACCAGUAACAGAGAUUCCCCAGAGAGAUGUCCCCGUCCUCUUUAUUCGCAGGAUUGUACAGAGGAGAAUCACAGGAUCCCACAGGAGGAUCAGUGUGACGGUCUGGCUGAUAAUAACAUAGAAGAUAUGGAGGGAAAAGAAGAGGUAUAUGUGAGGCGUGAUCAGCAGUGUAAGGAGGAGGAAAUCCCUACAGAUAUCGGCACAGAUGGACCCAGUAACAGAGAUACCCCAGAAAGAUGUCCCCAUCCUCUUUAUUCACAGGAUUGUACAGAGGAAACUUACAGGACCCCACAGGAGGAUCAAGGUGAAGAUCUGACUGAAAUUAAGAUACAAGAUAUAGAUGGAGAAGAAGAGACGUAUGUGAGGGGUGUUCAGCAGCGUAAGGAAGUUGAAAUCCCUACAGAUAUCGGCACAGUAGACUGGCACACAAGCAGGAAUACUUUGGAGGGAAAUCUCAUUGUGUGUCCAGAUUUUAAAAUAGAAGAUAAGAACAUCAGACAAGAUUCUCCAGGAGAAAACAUCAUUAUCCUAAAUAUAUACCCAGAUUUACACAGUGCAGCUAUGUCAUCUGGUCAUUUUAAUCAUGAGGAAUGUUCUGAUAAUUCAGGUCUUGCUACACACAGUACAGAUCAUAAAGGUGAUACAGUAUCAUCCAGUACUGAAUUUGGUAAGCGUUUUAUACGUGAGUCAGUUUUCGUUAGACAUCACACAGGUGAGAAGCCAUUUCCAUGCUCGGAGUGUGGGAAAUAUUUUACAUCGAAAUCCCAUCUGGUCAAACAUCAGAGAAGUCACACAGGGGAGAAUACAUAUCCAUGCUCUGAGUGUGGGAAAUGUUUUAUACAGAAUUCCCAUCUUGUUGUACAUCAGCGACAUCACACAGGUGAGAAACCAUUUACAUGCUCUGAGUGUGGGAAAUGUUUUAUACAGAAAUCACAUCUUGUUGAACAUCAGCGAAGUCACACAGGUGAGAAACCAUUUCCAUGCCCAGAGUGUGGGAAAUGUUUUACUUAUAAAUCACAUAUAGCUAGACAUCAGAGACUGCACACAGGUGAGAAACCAUUUACAUGCCCUGAGUGUGGGAAAUGUUUUACAGACAAAUCAAAUCUUCUUAAACACCAGAAAGCUCACAUUCUAUUAAUGUAAAUAAGAAAACCAGACCUGAAUAAAAUUACCAAAAAUCUGAAA